CACAGAUAAUUUGCACACACUCCCUGGACUCCAGGAAGUUCCUGCUCCUAUCCUGAAAUUCCUUUUGUUUGGGAGAAAUUCUACCUGGACCCGCUGAAAGGGAAAGGGGCCGUGGAGAGAGAUGGCCGGGCUGAGCCGGUGCUCGGUCAUCCGAGUGACCUACUUGCUGACCGUCAUCCAGAUGACCUGCCUCUUCAUGCAGUUCUCCGUGCUUCUGUAUCUGGCGAACGACCUGGGUUUGGACUCCCUGGGCUUCGGGCUCCUGCAGACCACGUUCGGCCUUCUCCAGCUCCUGGGCAGCCCAGUCUUCGGCAGGUUGUGUGACCGUUGCGGGGCCCGCGCGGGGCUGACGUUGUCCUUUGCAGCGUCGUGUUGUCUGCUGGGGCUUCUGCUGUUGGGUCCAUCCUCCGGAGGCCUGCCUGCCCUCUUCCUCUCCCGCCUGCCCGCCCUCCUCCUCCAUCCCAUCCCAGGUGCCCAGAUGGUCGUCACCGACCUGACAAGCCCGGCCGAGCGUCCGGAUGCUCUGGGGAAGCUGGGCCUGGGCCUGGGCGUGGGCCUUAUCCUGGGCCCCUUGCUCGGGGGGAUCCUGAGCACGAAAUUUGGGAUUUAUUCUCCCAUCUACGUCGCCCUCGGGGCCAGCGUCCUCGGUGCCGCCAUCAGUGCCAGCUGCAUCCCUGCCAACACUAAGAUGGACGCCCAGGGCCGGACCACCCCAGGGGGUGGGGGCAGCGGGGGCGUGUUCAGCCUGAAGGAGACGUGGCGCCUGCUGACUCUACCCAGAGUCCUGCCCGUUUUCGCCGUCAAGGUGUUGUCCGGUUUCCCCGCAGGAAUCUUCCUGAUCAUGUUGUCCGUCAUCUCGGUGAACGUGUUUGGGCUGGAGGCUCGGCAGACUGGCUAUCUCAUGUCCUACUUUGGUGUUAUCCAGAUGGUCACCCAAGGCCUGGUCAUUGGCCGACUGACCAGUCGCUACUCGGAGAGCGCGCUCCUGCGGUUCAGCGUCCUGGUGCUCUGCGCGGUGGGACUAGCCAUGGCCCUGAUGACCACCAUCGUCCACUUCUGCCUCCUCGUGCCUCCUCUUCUCUUUGGGCUGGUGUCCGUGAACAUCCUGACGGACAGCAUCCUGACCAAGGCCGUGUCUCCCCUGGACACGGGGGCCAUGCUCGGACUCUGCGCCUGUGUCCAGCCCCUGAUGAGGACGGUGGGCCCCACGUUGGGCGGCUUCCUCUACCAGACUUUCGGGGUCUCGUCCCUGGGCUACCUGCAGUUCGUCAUCAACCUGGGCCUGACCCUCUUUCUCUGGGAUGGCUCUGCCCUCCGCGGGGUCGAGAAGCUGCAGUGACCCCUGACCACGGCGGGAACUGUCUGGACCGACGCGGGGCUGGGGGACGGGGCUCCCCUUUAAAUAAAAAUCUCAAAAAUC